AUGGCGUCCCAAGCCAUUAAGAGCCACCGCGCCACUGCAGAGGUUGUCACCGGGGACGCCGCGUGCAGGAAGAAGUCCGUUGAGCUGCUGGAGGAGCUCGGCCUCCCCAAGGGCCUGCUUCCAAUGGAGGACAUCCAGGAGUUUGGGUACGACCGUGACACGGGGUUCUUGUGGCUGGUGCAGGGGAAGAAGAAGGUAGAGCACACCUUCAAGAAGAUCAAGCAGACGGUGUCAUAUGCCUCCGAGGUGACGGCGAUCGCCGAGAAGGGCAAGCUGAGGAAGAUCACCGGCGUGAAGACCAAGGAGCUGAUGCUCUGGCUCAGCGUCGUCGAGGUGUAUGUUCCCGAGGCCACCCCGGAGAAGGUGACCUUCAAGACCGGCACCGGCCUCUCGGACACCUUUGAUGCCACUGCCUUUGCGUUCGGAGAGUAA